CUCCGCAUAUUCACUCGUACAACUUAAGCAAACACUCUAUUCAAAAACUGACUUCUCCGCUCCAAUUCCACCCGGCCAUAAUAUACGAUGCCAUCAUUUUUCAACCAAACUCAACCUAAACGAAUCUACUCUCGCCGGUGUUCAGAGCCUCUCUCGAUAAAUACCACUGCACCGCAGCGCCGCGCCUCAGCUCCCACGGACUCAAUUCGGCCGCUCCGUAACCGCCGCGAACUGGAAGAAGAAGAAGAGGCGAAGAGCGGCAGCCGCCAGGCUCUGGUGGUUCCACCGAAGAACGGCAGCCAGCCAGUCACACUUCCCCCGCCGGCGCGUCGGUUGGAUUGGAUUGGUGAUCCAUCCCAAUUUGGUGUUGUUUUCUUUCGUUGGUAAGGAACCCUAACUUGAUUGGAUGCAAUUUGUAAUGGGAGAUAAAUCUCUUACCUGCUUUAUGAGCUAUCGAAUCCAAAUAUUCCAAAAAGGAAGAAGGAUUGGGUGUUCAGCUGAAAACCCAUGCUCACCGCUAAAGUCCGCCCCUGUGCCGCAUGUUAAGCCUGCCCCUGUUCGCGUCGAGGGUUAUCUCAAAUCUUAGGCUCUCUCCGAUCUCAAUUGUUUGUCUUUUUCGCCCCUACCGGGGACUGUUGAUUGUUUGCUGCAUCCGAGUAUGUUAAGUGGUUGCUAUCCAUCGUGGACUGGGAAAAUGGUUGAGCAUCUCUUUGAGGAUAUCUUCAUCGUGACCAGGCUCGAUCCUGAUGGGAAGAAGUUUGACAAAGUUACUCGCAUCGAAGCUAAAAGCGAGCAGUUUGAUAUUUCUCUUAAUCUGGAUGGAACACCAGACACUGGCUACUACACACAGGCUGGUAGAAAAACGCUUGCUGACAAGUAUGACUAUGUCAUGCAUGGAAAGCUUUACAAGAUCUCAGAAGACAGUUCCAGUGGUGCAGCUACUAGAGUGGAGAUUUAUGCAUCUUUUGGUGGCCUCCUGAUGAUGCUCAAGGGUGAUCCUUCCAAUGCUGCUAGCUUCGAGCUGGAUCAAAGGCUGUUUCUUCUCAUCAGAAAGGUGUAAAUGUAUUUGUUACCUUGUUGGUAGUCGUACUCGACUCCACCCUAUAUGUACUCUGUCGGUGGUCGUAUAACUUUCGAUUAAUAAAAUGACUUCUAUUAGCAGUCAUUUGUAUGACACUGUCACUAACACUUGCUGCAACUGAGCACAUUAAGCAUGUUAUUGGAGGAUUA